AUGGAAAGAGAGGGCAGCCACACGGAAGAUAUGCCAGAGGGCGAGUUUUCGCGUGCAGAGCCCGUGCCCAAAAGGCUCUGCACAUUUGAAGCGUCCAGUGUAAAUAUAGCCCAAAUAAUCAGCGAGUAUUUUCCAGCAGAGGCCCACGCGGCAGUGAAGGGCCUUCUUAAGGAGGUGCUCACCAAAAAGCUCUCUAGAAAGGAGAUGCUGGCAAAAAUGAAGCAACUCGGCAUAGAAAUAUCGAGCUACAAUUCGCUCAUACUAAAGAUAGUAGAAGUUGCUGUGCGGAGAAGCAAAAGCCAAAAACAGCGCGAAACCAGCCCCAGCGAAGAAAACACGCUCAGGAUAAAGGGGGCCUUGAAGGAGCAGUUCCUUCUGGAAGUGAAGAGAGAUAUGGAAGAUCCUCUGUACAACACCAAGUCGCAGCAGCAGUACUCCUUCUACAAAAGAACUCCCGAGGACCUUUCGAAUGCGGUUAGCAGCAAGCCCCAUCUUAUAGCUCUGUUUUCAGCGAACUACAACGUGCUGUGCUGCAAGAUAAAGAAAAUACUAAGCAUACGGGAGCUGCACAACAGGCUGAAGAAGGGCUCGUUUGAGUACAAGCUGAACGAGCAGGUCUCUGUGGAGGCUGCCAAGUGCGCGUACACCACGCUGAUCCACUACAUCAAAGAAAUGAUAGGGAAGUGUCUCGAUGUAAAUAACCGCGUGGACAGAGAAAAGCUUAUCCGCACAAUGUUUGGAAACGUGCGGGGCGUAUACCUGCUCUACAACAACUAUCCCCCCACGGAGUCACCCAGCGACAAGGCAGAGGCGCAGAGCGAGUGA